AGCUGCUAGGAUGGAGCAGAAGUGCGCUGGAAGCCCGAGGGCACGCAGCUGACUGAGCCGCGCAGCUUUGCUCGCCCCGCCGCCUGCCACCUGGGCUGCCCCAGCCAAACGCGUCUGCACUUCCCAGCUCCUACCGCAGCCCGCUGGUCAGAGAGGGAGUCUCCCGCGCUCGGAGCGCUCGGUCGGCCCCAGCAAACUCCUCCCGCCGGCACCAGGCUCGGCACUGAGCACCGGGAUACCAUGGUCUGCAAGACUCUCCUCGCUCUGUGCAUCUUCACAGCAGGAUUGAGGGUCCAGAGCCUGCCUACAUCAACCUCCUUGCCUGUUUCUCUUCCGGCAAAAAUAACCCCACCGGCCUCCACCUGGACCAGCUCUGCACAGAACCCUGUGGCCCUCACGGCGUCCCCAGCCAGUGGCGUUCACAAUACCUCGGUACUCCCAGUCACAGACAUAGCCCUGACAUCUGCACUGCCCAAGCAUGUGUCCACUGAACCCACAGAAGAGGCAAUCACCAGCCCAUCCCCGAGCUGGGAAGGCACAAACCCAGGCCCGUCACUUCCUGGGUUCUUAUCAACCAGCAGUGUGGUCCAUGUGACACCCACGCCCGAGGAACACAACGCCAGCAGUCCUGAAGUGAGCGUGCCAGCUGAAGGGUCGCAGUCCCCUACAUCCCUCUCCCCUCAAGCUCCAGCCUCUUCACCCUCCUCCUCCUCYUCAUCCACCUUGCCACCUGAGAUCCYUUCUGCCUCUGUCACCUCCAACCACAGCACCGCUGUGACCAGCGCCCAGACCACAGGAGCUCCAGCUACAUCAGAGUCCCCAACAGAGGAGCACAGCUCUGGUCACACACCUACUUCCCGGGCCACAAUGCAGCCAGUGCCCAAGGAGAAAACACAGCAGGAAACUGAGCCCAAGACAGUGAUAUGCGAGUCCGAGACCACCACCACCUUCCUGAUCAUGCAGGAGGUAGAACACGCGUUAAGUUCAGGCAGCAUUGCCGCCAUUACAGUGACCGUCAUUGCUGUGGUGUUGUUGGUGUUUGGGGUCGCAGCAUAUCUGAAGAUCAGGCAUUCCUCCUAUGGAAGGCUUUUGGAUGACCAUGACUACGGGUCCUGGGGAAACUACAACAACCCUCUCUACGACGACUCCUAACAAAGGGCUGUGGCCUGGGCUGAGGACUAACUGUUCUUUAUUUAUAAGUGCUUAUCCAGUAGAAUUCAUAACAAGUACCUGAUGCACACUGAACGACAAUCUUAAGCCCUGUUGUGUUGGUAUGGUUGUUUUGUUUUUAUCCCUCUCCUCUGGCUGCUACAACUCUCCCCCCGCCCUUUUUUUUUUUUUUUUUGGUACAAAAGAACCAUGAUUUAAAGGUGAGUGGAGGCCAGUUUGCCACCAAAAUGGGCCAGACUUGCACUGGCCAGGGUAGACCACCAUGGUGGAGGCUUCAGCACCACUGAGGACCUACUUCAAGAAGGAUGAAGGAAGAGGGAGUGAGCUGUUUUGUUGGGGUUAUGUUUAGGGGAACUUUUUGUUUGGGUUAUUUCUUUACUUUCUGUACAUUUUCCAUGUGGAAAAAAAGAAGUCCUCAGAGGAUUUCACCCUAAUGUGUGGAAGCAGGGGUUUCUCAGAUUCCUUUUUAAUCUCUCUUUUAUCUGGUUGUCUCUACAAGCUGGCUAGCUGAUGAUUCUUAGCUGCCUAAUUAAUGAACGAUGAAAAUGGGAAGUUCCCCAGAGGAGGUCAGAGGGUCUAGAGGCAAAGCAGCAGGCUGCUGUUGGAUGUCAGCAUGCCCUCUACCUGUUCUCUUCCAGGUGGCUCAAAUGCACCUGGAAUCCCAGCUCACAAGCUCUCAGACAAGAUGUGUUCCAAAAGAGAAGGCUAUGAGAUGAGCUUAGUUAAAGAAGAGAAAGGAGAGGCAUGUGCAGGUGGGGGGAGCCAGCAUAAUUGUCAGAAAUAUCCACUAAGGCUUGGAGGAACCCAUAUGGUCCUUGCCUCAUGCCCAUAAAGCAACUGGUUCACUGCCUUACUGUCUUUUACAUAAUGACUGCAAACUUAAAAAAAAAAUUUAAAAAGAGGCACUGUUCUCUCCACAGUUGCAUUUUGAAGCAUUACCAUAGGAAACAGACACCACAAAUUCAUUUAUUGUCCCAUUUACUUACUUUAGUUCUUCUUCUCUUUAAUAUGAACACCCACUUAUUGGUUAUCUAGUCUUAAAAUCCUGCUCAACAAAUUUGGGGAAGCUAUGGUUCAUCUUUGAAGGUACCCAUUUAUUUCAGUCAUUCUCAACCAGCAGGUGACUUUGCCUCCCCACCUUAGGGACAUUUGAAAAUGUCUGUUGACAUUUUUUAAUUGCCAUGAUUUGGGAGUACCACCAGUGGGUAGAAGCCAGGGACACAGCUAAACCUCCUACCAUGCACAGGACAACCCUUUACAACAAAGAAUGAUCUGACCCAAAACAUCAGUAGUGUUGUGAUCAGAAAGCCCUGAUGUAUUAAAAUCACCCCUGUGGCAGAAGGAGACACUCACAGUUUAGUAAUGCUCUUUUAUUUUCAACAAAAUGAAGCAAUGUAUCAUUUUUAUCCUCAAAGUGUUGUGUCUGUUGGCUGAUAAUUUCUUGGCAUGAUGGUUAUCUUUUUAUUUUUUUGUGUGUGUUUCUGGGGAGUUUUAUUUCAGGGCUCCGCCUAUGUCCUCCUCUAACAUCUGAUAUUAGCAAUUGGCAUCUUCUGUCCUGAUUUCAUGUAGCAGAAAACAUACAUUUCAAAAUGUGUCAUCCCGUAACAUCAUAGAAAACUCAAAACUGCAUCGAUUUAGAUUUCUCAACAUGGACCUUGACACUAUGGCUCUUUUUAGGAAAAACCACUAUUGCUGUGCUUUUCGGACCCCCUCAGGUGUCAGAGACCAAGAGCAGUGCCACUUCCCACAACCUACUCUCUGGAAAAAAAAAAAAUCUGUUCCUGAACCCUUUAGGUGCCAAAGACCCCAGAGGUCUUCUAUGACCAGAGUCAGCAAUGAGUAUUAAAAGCUUCCAGGAAUUAAUGUUUUCUGAACAUUAGAUAUUAAAAAAAAAAAAAGACAUGGACCUUCU